AUGUCCACGGAAAAGGUCCAGAACUCCGAAAACAAUAUUUCACACCCUUACCUCUCCAAUCCACCACAUCACCUCACCUUUGAAGAUGUGAUCAAUGAGUUGGGGACAAACUCCGAAGAUGGUUUAACCACAGUCGAGGCGAAGAACCGCCUGGAGAAAUAUGGUGAGAAUAUGUUGGAAGGAGGCGAAGGAGUCUCCUUCGCCAAGAUUAUCAUUCGCCAAAUCGCGAACGCCAUGAUGCUGAUUCUCAUCAUCGCAAUGGCAGUCAGCUUCGGCAUCCAGUCCUGGAUCGAAGGCGGCUUUAUCGCAGCAGUCAUCGCCCUCAAUAUCGUUGUCGGCGUCUACCAAGACUUUGCAGCCGAGAAAACGAUGGACUCCCUCCGCUCCCUGAGUUCUCCAACGGGAGUCGUGACCCGCGACGGCAAGACAGCAACAGUCCCCGCUAACGAAAUCGUCCCGGGCGACAUGGUAGAACUCAAGGUCGGCGACACCGUUCCUGCAGACCUAAGAUUGGUCGAAGCCUUCAAUUUCGAAACCGACGAAGCUCUCCUCACAGGCGAGUCCUUGCCGGUCCAAAAAGAAGCCGACUCAACAUUCGACCUCGACACCGGGCCGGGCGAUCGCCUCAACAUCACCUACAGCUCUUCGACCGUCACGCGAGGCCGCGCCAGAGGCGUCGUGGUCGGCACAGGCAUGCAAACCGAGAUCGGCGCAAUCGCCGCCGCGCUUCACGGAAACGACUCGAAGCGGCGGCCCGUCAAGCGCGGACCAGAAGGCGAGACUAAAAAACGGUGGUACAUCGAGGCGUGGACGUUGACCACCACGGACGCGAUUGGGCGUUUCCUCGGUAUCAACGUCGGGACUCCGCUGCAGCGCAAACUGUCCAAGCUGGCGCUACUCCUGUUUGGAAUUGCGGUUAUCUUCGCGGUUGUGGUUGCGGCAGCGAAUGAUUGGCGCGGAGAUAGCGAGGUCAUUAUUUAUGCGGUUGCGACUGGGUUGGCUAUGAUCCCUGCGUGCUUGGUUGUUGUCUUGACGAUUACCAUGGCAGUGGGGACGAGGCAGAUGGUGCAGAGACAUGUUAUUGUCCGCAAGUUGGAUUCUCUGGAGGCGCUCGGUGCUGUGACUAAUAUUUGCUCUGAUAAGACUGGCACUUUGACGCAGGGUCGGAUGGUGGCUAGGCGAGCUUGGAUCCCGUCUGUGGGCACUUAUUCUGUGGGGUCUUCGAAUGAUCCUUUGAAUCCACGGGAUGGGGCUGUGAGCCUGACAGAUGAGCCGCCAGUGAGGUUGAAGGAUGGUUUGAAGGACAGUGGCCCUGUGAGCCCGCAGGACUUGAUUAAGGAUAACGAGGAAUUGAAAUCGUUCCUGAAUGUCGCUGCCAUGGCAAACCUGGCUCAUCUGCACAAAUCGGCUCAGGAUGAGUGGCAGGCCCGUGGCGAGCCGACGGAUAUUGCUAUUCAGGUGUUCGCCUCCCGCUUUGACUGGGGUUCCGAUCAGUGGACCAAAGGUGAUAAGCCAAUCUGGCACCAAAAGGCAGAGUACCCCUUCGAUUCCAGUGUGAAAAAGAUGUCCGUCAUAUUCGCUAGACACGACCCAGACUCGGACAACACACUCGAAAUGAUCUUCACCAAGGGCGCAGUCGAGAGAGUCCUGGAGGCAUGCACAACUAUCAAGUGGACCACCUCUUCUCCACCCGUGCCGUUGGAUGAGGAAAUUCGAGACGAAAUCCUCGAAAACAUGGAGGCGCUCGCAAGUGAGGGCCUUCGAGUCCUCGCUCUAGCCGGUCGCAGACACAUCAAUUCCUCCGACAACAAAGGCAGCGAUCAAACGCUUCCCCGAGAAGAAAUCGAAAAAGACCUCGUCUUCUACGGCCUAAUCGGUCUAUACGAUCCCCCUCGCCCCGAAACCGCCGGCGCAAUCAGCCAGUGCUAUAAAGCCGGCAUCUCCGUUCACAUGGUAACAGGAGACCACCCCGGGACCGCACGCGCAAUCGCAGCGCAGGUCGGCAUCAUCCCCUCGAACAUGGAUGCUGUCGCGAGGGACGUCGCCGACGCUAUCGUUAUGACAGCAAGCGAAUUCGACAAGCUAUCCGAAGACGAGAUCGAUAACCUGCCCACUCUCCCAUUGGUAAUCGCACGCUGUGCACCCAAUACAAAGGUUCGCAUGAUUGAGGCCUUGCAUCGUCGUGGUCGCUACGUGGCGAUGACAGGUGACGGGGUGAAUGAUUCGCCCUCGCUGAAACGCGCGGAUGUCGGUAUUGCAAUGGGCCAGAAUGGGUCGGACGUUGCGAAGGAUGCGUCGGAGCUUGUACUGACGGACGACAACUUUGCCUCUAUGAUCAAUGGUAUCGAAGAAGGCCGUCGGAUCUUCGACAAUAUCCAGAAAUUCAUUCUGCAUCUGCUGGCUGAGAAUGUUGCGCUUGCACUGACGCUGCUCAUUGGGCUAGCAUUCAAAGACGAUACCGGCCAGUCUGUUUUUCCUAUCGCUCCGGUCGAGAUCAUUUGGAUUAUCAUGAUCACUUCUGGUCUGCCAGACAUGGGCUUGGGAAUGGAGAUUGCAGCCCCGGAUGUGAUGGAUCGGCCACCGCAAAGCAAACAAGGAAUUUUCACCUGGGAAAUCAUCAUCGACACCCUAGUCUAUGGCGUGUGGAUGGCGGCUCUUUGCCUCUCUGCCUUCGCGCUCGUCAUGUUCCGCUGGGGCGACGGGAACCUGGGAGUAGGCUGCAACACGCAAUACAACGACCCAAGCAAGCCAUACACCUGCGACACGGUAUUCCGCGCCCGUGCCACGACAUUCACCUGCAUGACAUGGUUCGCGCUAUUUCUUGCGUGGGAAAUGCUGGACCUGCGUCGGAGCUUCUUCUGCAUGCAGCCCGAUUCCAAGCGCCGAUUCACGCAGUGGAUGCACGACAUCUGGCGUAAUAAGUUCUUAUUCUUCGGUAUCAUGACAGGCUUUGUGUUGGCUUUCCCUAUUCUCUAUAUUCCAGUCAUCAAUCAUAGUGUGUUUAAGCAUACUUCCAUUACUUGGGAGUGGGGUAUUGUUUUUGUCGAGACUGUUUUGUUCUUCUUGGGUAUUGAGUCGUGGAAGUGGUGCAAAAGAGUGUAUUUCCGUCGACAGGCGCACAAAGCGGAGAAAGAGGGCGAGCCUCCGAGGGAUGAGAGGCGUCGACUGAAGGACUUUAGUCGUCAGCCUACUAUGAGUCGGUCGGAGACUCAGGCUACUGGCGAUUUCAAGGUUGAACAGUCGAUGGUUUGA